AGCCCACCGACCCAGUCAAUUUCCGAGGUCGAAAUCGAUCUGUGCAAAGCGCUAUCGACAAAGGAGGGUGUUGCUGAAGGCGAUCAGUGUCCGUCGGGCACAAGAGUGUGCUUGAGAACGACCAACCAGAAGGAUGGGGUCCCAGAUCGGAUAACGCGUGUCGUGCCGAUAGCUGGCGACAUUUCGACCGACGCAUACAAAUCCUCGCUGAACGCGGAGUUUACUGGCGAACCCCUCGUCCUUACUCUACAUGGGCCCGCAUACCCACCUGCCCCUCAUGAUCCGUCCAUUCCUCAGAGCCUCGCUAUUACUUUCGGUUGUUCCGAUUCCGAGCAUGCGCCUACGUACUCUAAGUAUGACGAAAGCAAAGGCGUGCUGUAUCUAGACUGGAGUUCUAAGGCCGGAUGCGCGCAGAAGGGAGCAGUUGAGCCUCCUCCGGACGAUGUGAAUGGUGGACCGCGGAGAGGGUGGAGUGGGGUUGGAUGGUUCUUCUUUUUAUUGUUCAUUAUCAUCAUCGGAUACUUCGGAGUGGGAGCAUAUUACAACUAUACGCAGUACGGUGCCUCUGGCUGGGAUCUCUUACCUCACCGAGACUUCUGGAGGGACCUUCCUUACCUGCUGCGCGACAUUACGAGCCACUUAUGUUCGACGAUACGACCAGGCGGGAGCCGAGGAGGGUAUACCAGUGUUUGA